AUUUCCCAGAAGUUGAUUUGUAAUUUGCUCUGUGGAGCCAGAGUGCAAAGACUCGCUUCCAAUGCUGCUGACAGAUUUAAACCGAGAGUGCCUGCUGCAUAUUUUCUCCUUUUUGGACAAGGAGACCAGGAAGAGCAUGUCAGAGACUUGCGGAGCGCUGCGGGAAGUCUUCCAUGACCCUGCCCUGUGGUCCCUGUUGUGCUUCUCCUCACCGUCAGAGCUAAAGAAGGACAACUUUGUGCUCAGCCCCGCGCUGCGAUCGCUGGCUAUCUGCUGGCACUCCAGCCGAGUUAAGGUGUGUAACAUUGAGGACUGGGCCAAGAGCAGCUUCCAGAGGGACAUCUGUAGCCACCACCACACUCUGGUCAACGGCUUCCUGGCUGAAGUCAGCUGCAGGUGUCCAAACUUGCUGUCAUUAACCCUUGCUGGGUGUGGACACCUUACAGACGACUACAUCUCACAAAUCCUGGGCCGAUGCAGCAAACUAAACACGUUGAAGCUGGAGAACUGUGCCCGCCUGACGGACAAAAGUCUGGAGGCCGUUGCCAUCUACGGGGGCAACUUGAGGACGUUGAACGUGGACUUCUGCCGGAAUAUCACACAGGAGGGCCUGGACCGGAUCGGUCAGACCUGCCCUUCACUGCGCCUCCGUGCAGAUCACAGCGCUGCAAUGAUUCCUGACCAACCCGACACAAGCGACAGCCUCGGGAAAGGGAGGAAGAAGCGAGUGCCCUGGUAACACUGCAACUCCAUGGACUAAGGGAAGACAAGGAGAUGUCUGAGUUGUGAGUCUCUGACUGCGACAAAGCUUCACAAGGACAGUAGGUGUCUCAGUGAGGGACGGGGAAAGACAAGUGUUGCCGUGGUUAUAUUUUAUGUCUCUCUGGUCAGUCACACAGCAAAGAAACUGGCCAUUUGACCCAACUUGCCCUCGCCGAUCAAGAUGUCCCACCUGCCUAUUUUUGGUUCAUAUCCCUCUAUCGUUCCUAUCCAUGAACUUGCCCACGUCUUUUAAACGUUGUUAUAGUCCAGUAUAACUUCAACUUCCCCGUCUGGCAGCUUGUUCCAUACACCCACCACUCUGAUAGUCAUACAGCGUGGAAACAUGCCCAACUUGCCCGCGCUGGCCAACAUGUUCGUUA